ACAUUCUCCUCACUGUGCGUCGCUGUGUGUUUUACUGUGUGUAUAUGUGUGUGUAAUCUGCCUCCUCUCGUGUAGAUGUCGAGUGACUGCCUCUGAGUCUAACGGUGAACACGGGAUUGUAAAAAAAGAAAAACCCUCCAGGUGCACCGUAACACGGCGAUACUUUUUGUUUUUUUUAAGCAGUGACCCGUCCUGUCCCACUGACAACCGGGUCGGUCCGAAACGAUGAGCCAGCCACGGCCGGACGAGUUCAAGCCUCCUCCAGAGUGCCCGGUCUUCGAGCCCAGCUGGGAAGAAUUUGGAGAUCCCUAUGCUUUCAUCAAUAAGAUCCGUCCCAUCGCCGAAAAAACUGGCAUUUGCAAAGUCCGUCCGCCUCCGGGUUGGCAGCCUCCAUUUGCUUGUGAUGUGGACAAACUUCACUUUGUUCCUCGGAUCCAGAGGCUCAAUGAAUUGGAGGCUCAGACGAGAGUGAAGCUCAACUUUUUGGACCAGAUUGCCAAAUUCUGGGAUUUGCAGGGAUGCGCCCUGAAGAUUCCUCAUGUGGAGAGGAAGAUUUUGGAUUUGUAUAAGCUAAAUAAGCUGGUAGCAGAUGAGGGCGGAUUUGACGUUGUCUGUCGGGACAGGCGCUGGACCAAGAUUGCACUACAAAUGGGCUUCGCCCCUGGCAAAGCUGUUGGCUCACACCUGCGAGGGCAUUAUGAGAGACUCCUCUAUCCUUACUAUCUUUUUCAGAAUGGAGCAAACCUGCUGGCACCAGAGCCAGCUUCCAAACUGAUGCAUUUGGAGGGUGAUCCUGAACUUGAAAAGUGUGUUCAGAAGCCAUUUCAGCCGGAGGAAAGCACAGGAAGCAUGGAGAGCAGGGACGCCAAGGAGCCCAAACUGCCGGAGCAGCCUCAGAGGCAGCCUGUGCAGGCGCCUGAUGUUUGCCCCAGUGCUCGCAGAGCCAAACGCAUGAAGUGUGAGGCCAUCUAUGUGAAGACUGAACCAGGUGAGCCCGGCGAGAACAGGCCAAACCUGCGGCGGAGGAUGGGUUCUUUUGUUGCCAAGCCAGAGCCAGAAAAAGAAAUUCCCAUUCCAGUGAAACAGGAACCAGUUGAAAGUAAAGAACCAGUCGUCGAAGCUGACAAAUCCAAGUCUCGAUACAAGAAAAUUAUCCCUCCAGUACCUCCGAGUCCAGUGGAUCUGGUUGUGUGUCUGGUGUGUGCCAGUGGGGGAGAUGAAGACCGUCUGUUGCUGUGUGACGGCUGUGACGACAGCUAUCACACUUUUUGCCUGAUCCCUCCUCUACACGAUGUCCCCAAAGGAGACUGGAGGUGCCCCAGGUGUCUAGCUCAGGUGAGGUUAAGCUGCAGAGCAUACAGAGACUAUUCCCUGCGUGCAUUUGGGCAAAUGGCUGAUGCAUUCAAAUCUGAUUACUUCAACAUGCCAGUUCAUAUGGUACCCACAGAGCUGGUUGAGAAAGAGUUCUGGCGUUUGGUUGGAGCCAUUGAUGAGGAUGUUACUGUAGAAUAUGGGGCAGAUAUUGCCUCAAAGGAGUUUGGGAGUGGAUUCCCCAUUCCAAAUGGAAAAUUUAAGGUUUCCCCAGCUGAUGAGAAAUACCUCAAAUGUGGCUGGAACCUCAACAACCUGGCAAUGAUGAAGCCUUCAGUACUGACUCAUGUGACAGCUGAUAUCUGUGGGAUGACGCUGCCAUGGCUUUAUGUUGGCAUGUGCUUCUCCUCAUUCUGCUGGCACAUUGAGGAUCACUGGAGCUACUCCAUCAAUUAUCUGCACUGGGGGGAGCCAAAAACCUGGUAUGGAGCUCCUGGUUUUGCUGCAGAACAGCUGGAGGAGGUGAUGAAGAAACUGGCACCAGAGCUGUUUGAGUCUCAGCCUGACCUGCUGCACCAGCUGGUCACCAUCAUGAACCCCAACACUCUGAUGGCCCACGGUGUCCCAAUUUACAGAACAAACCAGUGUGCUGGUGAGUUUGUCAUCACGUUUCCUAGAGCCUACCACAGUGGCUUCAAUCAGGGCUUCAACUUUGCUGAGGCAGUCAACUUCUGCACAGUGGACUGGAUGCCUCUUGGCAGGCAGUGUGUUGACCACUAUCGCAUGCUGCACCGUUACAAUGUGUUCUCCCAUGAUGAGAUGGUGUGCAACAUGGCCUUGAAAGCAGACACACUCAAUGUGGUUCUAGCCUCAGCAGUCCACAAGGACAUGGUUGUCAUGAUCCAAGAAGAGCAGGACCUGAGAGAGAGAGCGAAGAACAUGGGUGUGUUGCUUUGCAAGGAGGCCAAAUACGAUCACCUCCAGGAUGAUGAGCGGCAGUGUGUUAAGUGCAGGACCACCUGCUACCUGUCUGCCAUCACCUGUCACUGCAGUCCAGGAGUACUGGUCUGUCUGCACCACAUCAGCGACCUCUGCUCCUGCCCCAUCACCAACUACACACUGAAUUACAGAUACACACUGGACAACCUGUUCCCCAUGAUGAAUGCUGUGAAGCAGCGAGCUGAGCUGUAUGAUGAAUGGGCCUCCCAUGUGACAGAGACUCUGGAGGCUAAACUAGACAAGAAGAAGGGCCUGCCAGUCUUUCGUUCACUUCUUGCUGAAUCAGAAUCCAAAGUGUUCCCUGACAAUGACCUGCUGCGACGGCUACGCCUGGUCACACAAGAUGCAGAGAAAUGCUCCUCAGUAGCACAGCAACUGUUGAACGGCAAGAGGCAGACCAGGUAUCGUUGUGGUAGUGAGAAAUCACGAAGCCAGCUGACCGUGGAGGAGCUGAGUUCAUUUGUGAGGCAGCUGUAUAACCUCCCCUGCUGUCUCCCCCAGGCCCCCAAGCUGAAGGAACUCUUGAAUCACAUCGAAGACUUCCAGCAGCACAGCGAGAAGGUCCUGGCUGAUGAAGUUCCCAGCGUCGCAGAGAUCCAGGGCCUGUUGGAUGUCAGCUUUGACUUUGACGUGGAGCUGCCUGAGUUGCCUCGCCUGAGAGUGAGACUGGAACAGGCGCGCUGGCUGGAGGCGGUGCAGCAGGCCAGCACUGCCACCCUCACUUUGGAGACCAUGAGGAGGCUCAUUGACCAGGGAGUGGGCCUGUCACCGCACCCAUCUGUGGAGAACGCCAUGGCACGCCUUCAGGAGCUGCUCACCGUGUCAGAGCACUGGGAGGACAAGGCGAGCAGUCUCCUUAAAGCCAGACCGCCACACUCCAUAGAGACUCUUAGUGCUGUUGCUGAGAAGGCAUCAGGUAUCCCUGCUUACCUCCCCAACUGUCUGCUCCUGAAAGACACCAUCAGAAAAGCCCAUGAGUGGCUUCAAGAAGCUGAGGAGCUGCAGGCCAGCGGUUGCAUACCAAUGGUGGACAGCCUCUCGGACAUGGUGCUACGAGGACAAGCCAUUCAAGUCCACCUGGAGCCUUUAGACAAACUGGAGUCUUUAAUGGUAGAAGUGCAAGAAUGGAAGGAAUCUGCAGCUUCAGCUUUCCUUGAGAAAGACUCACCUCUUUCCUUACUGGAGGUCCUUUGUCCAAGAUGUGAAGUUGGAAAUGUAGGUUCUCCAAAGAGGAAGGCCAAGAAAGGGAAAGAAUCGCCUAAAAGUAACAAAAAGAAAACCCCACGGCUCAACACUCUAAGUGAUGUGGAAAAAGCACUUUCAGAGACCAAGGAUUCUUCUUCUGCAAUGGCAACUCUGGAAGAACUGCGCGUGCGGGAGAUGGAGGCUUUCUCUAAUCUCAGGGCAGCAAAUGAGUCAAAGCUCCUUCCCACAGCAGACUGCAUGGACCUAAAGGUGUGUGUCUGUCAGAAGGCGCCCAUGGGCGCCAUGCUGCAGUGUGAGCUCUGCAGGGAUGCCUUCCACAGCGUCUGUGUCAAAGAACUGACAGACUCCUGCAAAACACAGCCUUGGCUCUGUCCACACUGCCAGCAAUCAGAAAAGCCCCCCUUGAACAAAGCCCUCUCUCUGCUGGCAUCUCUGCGUCACAUAGGGGUGCGCCUACCAGAGGGCGAGGCACUGCAGUAUCUGGUUGAGAGGACAGUUAACUGGCAGCAGCGGGCACAGCAGAUUUCACAGACCUGUAACCUACCAGAACUGGAAGAGAGACCAGGAACUCCUCCCAUCCUAACGUGCUCGGUAUCAGGCAGCCAUGACAUUCACAACAACACUCAGGCUCCUUGUCUGACUCCAGAGUGGAACAGGACAGGCCAUGCUCAGACAGUUUUCUACACUGAGCAGAGAUGUAUACCGCUGCAGGGCUUGAGUCAGGAGCUGGACGAGCUAAUGGUGGAGGGGCUCCUGCUGCAGGUGUCUCUACCAGAGAUCCAGAGCCUCUACCAUGUUUUAUUAGACCGAGCCAGCAGCCUACAGACGAACAGAUGCAUGUCGCCAUCCCAGGACGAGUCCACAGACACACACAUGCAGUUUAACUCUCAGGGAAAAAAACUGCCACUGAACAAGGAUGGAAUCAGUGGCAUGAGGGAAACUAUGACUGUCUCAGAGAAGAAAGCAAAGCGGCAUCUGGAGAGGGACGGUGUAGAUGGGGAGCGCAGGAGGAAGGACAAAAAACACUCUCGCAAACGACAGAAGAUGAAUAAAAAGAACCUGCAGCGUAGGCCAGCCUCAACCUCAUCGUCCCCUCGAUCUGAUUUCUCCCAGUCUGAUGACUCUGAUGAGGAGAUGGCUGUUUGUCCGGCAGAGAGGUGUUGUCUGCCAGAGGGAGAUGAGGUGGAUUGGGUCCAGUGUGACGGCAGCUGUAACCAGUGGUUUCACCAGGUCUGCGUUGGUGUUACGGCUGAGAUGGCAGAGAAGGAGGACUAUAUUUGUGUCAGGUGCACACUGAACGACGGGCACAUGAGAAAAUGAAGAAAGCAGAGAUUUUUCUGAAGGAUGACUGAAGGGGUCUGCCUGUCAUCAGUCCGUUAUUGGAGUCACCAGUCUGGAUGUGUCACUGAUCGUGUACCCCCCUCACCUUCGUCCUGUCUGUCCGACCCUUUUGUAACAACGGUGCUAUCUCCUCUUUGACUUGUUGUCCAGAACUACGUUUAGUUAUUUUUUGUAUUUUUACAUAUACAUAUUAUAUAUAUAUUAUAUAUAUUUCUUUCUCUUUAUGAAUUGUUUGUGGUUGUCUAAGUGGGAAAAAAACAGGAUGUGAAGUGUGCUGCAUGGGAUUCCGUCACAUCGGCGCCAAGGAGUCUUACAGCAUGAUGCAUCCAGUAAAGAGGGUUAAUCAAGGCAUAAUAUUAUCUGGAACCUCCUUGCAUGUUAAACCAGAGCUAAAGGGACAAAAGUCAAGGCUUUCACCCCCUCUUCCCCUGAAAAAAAAAAAAAUCACUAUUGCAAUUUUUCUUUGAAAUCCAGUGUUUAGUACAUGCAUCUAAAUAUAAUUAUUCCCUUUUUUGUAGAAUAGGUUUAUUUAUCUGAGCAAUAAUUUUGUCUGAACUGACUUAAAUGGCUUAAUCUCCACUGAGUUGUUGGUGCGUUAGCGUUGAUGUGAUGUACAGAAGGCUACACAGAGGGGUGGAUUAGCAGGCAGAGGAAAAGACGCUGCUGACGUGUACAUCCACAGCGUGUAAUCUUGUAUAGUGGGAAGUACUCGGGGUAGCUGAAGAUGUUACAGUUUAUAUUGUGGAAUAAAGCCCUUUUGUUCUAUG